AACUCUGGGUGUUUUACACCGCAGGCGAAAUACGCAUCAUGUCGGAAAGCGCACGUAAGAUUUCCAAAUGAUCAUUGGUGUUUGACGCAACUUGUAGAAUGACAGCGAAGGCUGCACUUGUACAAGCACAGAAAGCCGGUGAAGAUGUCGGGCGAUGGUUACGAGUUGUACUACUGGCCAGGAAGUUUUGUGGGACCGGGACGGGCAGAGUUUGUCCGCCUCCUCUUCAUCGAAGCUGGUGUCCCGUUCAAGCAUAUAUCUGAAGGCAUAAUGGAGAUGUUUAAGCAGGCAGACCAAAAGUGGACAGGAUACCCAACUCUUGCUGUCCCGUUGUUAAAGAAAGGCAGCUUCGAGCUUUCCCAGACACCUGUAAUAUGCCGCUACCUGGGGAAGCAGUUCGGCCUGUACCCUGACAAUGAGGAAGACCAGUGGCAUGCCGAACAGAUCAACGCCACCGUGCACGACUACAUCGCCGAGGGUCGCCUUUCCUUUCACGGCAUCAAUCCCGUCGGCUCCUACUUCGGACAGGAGAAGGAAACACAACCGUAUAUAGACCGAUUCCUGGCAGAGAGACUCCCCAAGUAUAUGAAGCAUUUUGAGAAGAUUCUAGCAGCUAAUGACGGCGGAAAGGGGUAUGUUGUAGGGGGCAAGGUGACUUUUGCUGACCUUGGCCUUCUCCACGUGCUGAGGGCGACGGCUGCACAAUUCCCUGAAGCCUGGGCCGCAGUGGAUUAUGCCCCUUUGGUGAAGGCCUUCAAAGAUAGAAUGGAAGCGAGGCCGAAUCUAGCCGCAUACUUCAAAUCGGACAAGUGUAUUCCAUUUUCGGGCAAUAGUAUGAUGUAGAGAAAUUUAUGUUGGCCCUAUCACGGAUGCUGUCAGUGCUUUUAGGAGUCCCGUGUUAGGUUUUAUCCAGGUCAAACCAACCGAAGGGGUAUGGUCCCGAACCUGAUACUACUACAAGGAAUAUAUCAUAUAUACAUAUAUAUUUAGUCUGUUUGUGCAAACGAAUUGAAACUGAUUUCCGAAAUUUUAUAGAAAGGGGAUGUUUGAUUGAGCUGAUGUAUUCCCUCGCACAGAAAUCCACGUGCAGCCUGUGCUCAUCCUAUUCUUUCUCCGUGAUGCUAUAUCUGUUCUCAAGAUCACGUGAACCAAUCAAAUGUCAAUAUUAAGACACCAAUCAAAUCUUUACAUUCGCAUCGGUGAGAUAAUGCCGUUUUUAGCAGCAUAAUAAUAUGAAAUCCUGUUUUACAAAAUAUGUUAUUUUUAUGCUUUUGCUACUGCUGUUAAUAAAUUGUGCAAAAAAGUCAAA